GACCAAAUAAAAAAGCAAAACUUCCUUUUUCCGUGUCUAGAUCUAUUGUAUGGACUAGAUUAUUUGCUGUCACAUUAAAUUUAAGGAAAUGGUGACACCUUCCAAUAUUGGGUACAAGAACUGGUAUUAAAGAUUCUACUAUUUACAACUCAAAGGUUCUUGGCUCUGCUUAUCAUAAAUCUCCUUGAUAUCUUACAGAAUGCAUAGGUCAGUGUUCCAUGUUGAGACUGGUUUACCACUGCUGUUUCCAAAUUGGAUAUUACAUGGGAAAAAAGAAACCUACCUAGCAUGCUUAGGACUAGCCCUCAUGGGAAUAGUCUACCAAGGUGUGAAAUUUGCAAGACAGCAAUAUGGCAGAAAGUGUAAAAAUUACAAAUGCAAAAGGUACAUUCUAAACAAAGGUCAUCUCCUUCAGACCAUCAUGUAUCUGUUGCAAUUUUUGGGAGGUUAUGUCCUUAUGCUCUCAGUCAUGACCUAUAAUGUGUGGAUUCUAGCAGCAGUGCUGAUAGGUCUAGGUCUUGGGUACUUCUUCUUUGGCUGUGGAGAGUAUGAGGAAGCUAGUGCAGCUCUUCAUAUAUCCAAGCCAUCUAGAUCCUACAUGCAGACCUGUGGGGAUGUGAGUGUGUCAAGUAGUGGCACUAAGGAGCUACUUCUGUACAACAAGGCCGAUGAUGAUGUUCCACUGACUGACAGCAGCUCUCAUAAUGUAAGGUGCACCUGCGGCACAUCUCAACUCUGACCUCUUUAAUUUGACCAGAACUGUGUUCACAUAGCUACAUACAUUUUUGAAAAAUUACUUAGGUCAUGCACUAGAAAUAAAUAUUUUCUAUCAGUUUAGAAAACUAACUGCCAAAAAGUUGUGUUUUUUUUUUUAUUUUGCAAUAUUGAAUGGGCUAUUGUAACAAGUAUAAAAAAUUUAAAUAAGUAUGUUAUAUUUUGCAAGGGGCUAUUGGUUAUACUCAAAUCUAACAAGUAUAAUUUAAAUAACUAUGUUAUAUUUUGCUAAAUUAAUUCAUAUCUAGCCACUAGUCUUCCUCAUCCUGUCAUCUAAUACACAGAUAUAUGAAACAACUGCACAGGUUGAACAUUUUUUUGUUGAUUUGAUCAAUAUUGUUUGGAUUUGUUGUUGUUUUUUUUAUUGUGGUAUUUUUCAUUUAAACAUGACUGCUUUAAGUAUUCUGUAUUUGUAAAAAUACAAUUGCAGGGUACCAUUCACCUGUUUUUACAUAUAUAUAUAAUACUGCUUGACUAGCUUUUAUAAGGGUGGAUUUUAUCUUGUAAUCCCAUUUUUUUUUUUUUUUUUUUUCAAGUUUUUUUUAAUAUAUUUUUGGAAAAUGUUUAACCUAUUAUUUAAAAAAAAAUCAUCUUAAGUUUAAAUUUUGCUUGGAAAUUUCAAUUAAUUUUUUUUUAUUAAAAAUCUUUUCUUAAAUGGAAUCCCUUACAAAAAAAAAAAAAAAAGAUUUUUUUUUUUUUUAAAUGUUUUAUCUCUUGUGUUUUUUUUUUGCUAUGUCACUUGUGUAGAUCAAGCAACCCAAAAGUUAGGCCAUGGAAAUAUUUAUUUAAACUAAAUGUUUGGGUAUUUAGAUCAAAUUCCAUGCUUGUCUACAUCUGAGCAAAGAAUACUGCAUUAACUUAUAUUGAAUUUACAGUGACUAAUGUUUAUUUAAUAAUAAUUUUUGUGUGAAAUAUAAUGUUUUUAUUGUUAGAAGACCAAUUUAAAAUGUAUAUGUGCAUUUAUUUUUUCUUCUGAUCUGAAAAUAUUACCUUUUUGUUUUGUUUUUAACAAUGUUUUGAAGAAUCUCAAGAACAUUUUGAGCACUAUUGACACAAUUUAUGUGAUAAUAGAGUCCAUGUCAUUACAACUGCCAUAGUUUUAACGGUUUAUUUCUCACACUAAGAAAAUCAAAUGGAAGCUGUUAUUUUGUUUUAAAAACAGCAAUUUAACUCAUAUAUAAAAUGUUUGUAACAAAAUCAAAAGAUAUAUAAGAUGUUGCUUUUUUUUUUUUUUUUUGACAAAAUAAUUUCAUACCUUAAUUUUUUUUUUAGGGGUGAGGGGCUGCUUUGGUCAUUGCUGGGCAUUCUAAAAUAUUGAUGUAUCAUAUGAGGUAAACUUAUUAAGUUUAAUGACCAACCUAAUUCUCCUUGUAAGAUCCAUCUCUUAAAAUUAAGGCUGUACUGGUCAUUGUAUGUUUGUGUGUGUUGUAAUGUAGAAAGUCAUAAUUUAUUAAAAUUAUUUAGCUGUCUACAGUCAAGCAAUAAUGUUUGUAUGGAAAUAGCUGUACUUUUUGUUUUUAUUGGUGUCAACACUUUCAGUUGAAGACAGUGAAUCCAGUUACUAUGUUUUUUGUCUUUUAAGUUAUUAUUGUAUAAAAAUUAUAUAACAUAAAAAUAAAUCCAUCACAAAAGGGGUAGUGUUAUCCUACAACUAGUGAUUUCUAUAUCCUAGACUGAAUUCCACUUUGGCAGCAUUCAAAUCUGGAUGUUCUCUGGACCACCCACUUUUAAAAGAUAUUUUAUUAUUGCUAUUGUAUACAUGUCUUCCAGCCUCCUAUCAGCGCCCUCUGGUCCAAUCUGUUUUGUGGACAUGUGGGACGAGGGGAUAUCUGGAGAAAAGGGUUUCCAUGCAUUCUUUAGGCACUCAGCAAACACAAGUGAACUUUAAGUCAAAUCUCAAAACAUUCUUGUCUACAAUAAGAUUUGCUAUUUUGCCAUUCUGCCACAGUUCCCAUGUCUGACAUCACCUGGCUAUCUAACAGCGAUUUUCAAUAGAAUGAAGCAGACCUUACAUUGUGUACAUAAAAAGGACUUAAGUCUUGAAUGACGUUACCUAAGUCAUAGGUUAUUGUUGAAAUAAACUGUGAUUGGUCAUUGUUUUAAAUAAAUGUUAAAUAGUUUUAACUAGUCCAAGCAUUAGUCAGGAUUAACUUUUCUCAUUGUAAUGUUUCAAAUUUACAAUAAAACUAUUGUAUUCAUUGCAA